GCGUCUGGCGUCGGUGCCGUGGGGACCGAAGUGGAGUGCUGCUCCUCACCUCGUAGGGCUGGGGUCUUAGAGUUACAUGGGCGCGUUCUUCUCGUAGAAGUGAAGAAAAUGACUGCAUCAGGUGUUGCACUAAGAGUGGAAACUUGGCUCUUAUCUACCUGGCAUGUGAAAGUGCCAAUUCAAUGGCUAGAAGCUUGUAUUGAUUGGAUUGAAAAAGAACAUAUUGGAAGCAAUUUGGCUCAGGCUGCUAUUAACAAGAAAGUUUUUGAGCAGUGGCUUCUAACAGAUCUCAGAGAUCUUGAAUACCCUGUUCUGCCUGAAUUCAUUUUAAAUGAUCCAAAAGGAGAAUUGAAUGGCUUUUAUUCCGUGCAAAUUGAUUCAGUUGUUGAUGUGAGCCAGCCUGCUUAUUCCCAGUUGCAAAAAAUAAGAGGAAAAAACACUGUAAAUGAGGAAGUAACUGCUUAUACACAGAGAACCUUGAGGUCAUGGGAGGCAAAUCCUACUCGAAUGCUUCAGCUACAAAUGACUGAUGGUAUACAUCAUAUCCAAGGUAUGGAAUACCAACCUAUUCCUCAACUCCAUAGUGGUCUAUCUCCAGGUACCAAAGUUAUGAUACAAGGGAAAGUUGCAUUUCGUUUAGGUGUUCUUUUGCUUAAAUCAGAAAAUGUGAAAUUAUUGGGAGGUGAAGUUGAUAGCCUUCUAGAGACAUUUGCUUUGGAGAGAGUGCUUGCCAGAUUAAUUGGAGAAGAAGACUGCAGUCCUGACAUUGUCAGGUCUGAUAUUGGCAAAAAUGAAAUUGCAAUGCCUGAUGAUGAAUUAGGGCUGUCUGAUGAAGAGCUUUUAGCAAGUCUUGAGGAAAAUGAUGAAAUAAGGAUAAACGAAGUUCUUCCUGAAAGUGGAUACUGUACAAGAAGUACCAGUUUAAAUUCUACUGUGCCUUCUCUUCCUCAGAGCUAUGGGAACUGCUCACAACAAAGAUCCAUAGAGUUAAUUUCAAGAAAUGAAGAACAAACUGUUUCAGUUCAAGAAAAUAUGGAAGGUGAUUUUGAUAGAUUUUCAAUGGACGAUGACUUACUUUUAGUAGAAGAGAUCCAGCAAGAACAGAUACAUGUUCUGAACACUAAUACUAAUAUAAAUAAUCAAACUGUUCAAGAAAAAAAAUCUAGUGAAAGAGCAAUGUAUAAUACAUUUGAAGAAAGCAUGGCAAAUUUUACUGCAAAUCGCAAAAAACAAUAUACCCCAAAUUUCGAUGGCAGUAAGAAAUGCUCUAAAAUCUCUAAUGAUGGAGUAAUAGUCAAUGCAGAAUUCAGAUUGUGUUCUAAGCAGGUAGAGACGAUAGAAAUAAAGAAUAAAUGUCAUAAAGUCGAUUUGGAUACUGCUCCUUUUACAUAUCUAUCUGUUCUAUUAAGUAGCAAGCACAGAGAUAAUAGGACUGUGAAAAUCAAAGCAUUUAUAGUAACUCUUACAGGAAAUCUCACAAGCAGUAAUGGCUUCUGGAGUGUGACGGCAAAAAUAUCUGAUGGCACAGCUUAUCUAGAAGUUGAAUUUGCUGAUGAGAUUCUUACAAGCUUAAUUGGCUUUUCUGUGCCUGAAAUGAAGCAACUGAAGAAAGAUCCUGUCCUGUACCCAAAGCUUAGGGAGGGAUUACAGAAUUGCCAAACAGAGCUAAUAGACCUCUGUUGCUUGAUGACUAUUGAAUUUAAUGUUUGCCAGACAAAAGGAACAGUAAUAGUUUUGCAAGAUAUUAAUAUAAAUGAUUUGAAUCACUUAAAAAGACGCUUAACAUUUAGCAGCAGGUUAUCUUAAGAAAAACCUGUAUUGUAGACUAUUGAUUAUGGUAUUACUAUUUGAAUUCAUGUUCAGUUGGAUAAUGGACAAAUAUUUUAAUAAUAGCACAUAUUUUCUUUAAUUCACUCAAAAUAUGUAUUUGCUUUACCAAUGUUCAACUACUGGUUUUUUAAACAUGAGAAAAAUAAAAUUAAGAACUUAUUCCUAGAGUUUUUCAUCCUUUGCACGUCUUACAGUGAGUAGAAUGAAGUAUAUGUAUUUGGAAUAAACAAGUCAGUCUUCUGUUGUGAUUCCCUGUCGUCAUCCCCAGCUUUACAAUAUUGGCAUGGCAUUUAUAUCCAAUAUAUUUUGGAAAACUUGGAAGUAAUUGAAAUUGUUAAUUAAAAUAUUGCUCCGAUUUUUCAAGUUUGGAAAUUUGAUAGCUCAGUCACUUGUGUACCAUAUUUACAUUGUAUUUAGGUAUUCAUACAAAUCUUUAGAAAUAAAAUUUAUUCAAAGUAGCAUGGAGGUGUUUUAUGAAUAAAUCAGGGUGAAGCCAUUUUAACCUGUUAUCUGACAGGAUAUCUCUAACAAAGAAUAUGAUAAAUGAGCCAGCUGCAGGGUCAGUGGAGAGGGUGAGAAUAAUUAGACAUGAUGAGAGCUGGGUUGAGGAUAAGGAAGAAAGCAAAGAUAACGAAGGGAUGUCUUUAGAUUUGAUUUGCUACUUUAGUAUAAAAUACUUCUAUUAUGCUUUUUGGAAGCUUUAGAAAAAGGAGAAUGUUUCUAGCAAUUUGCUUUCUACCAUAAUAAAUUAUUUGCACUUUAAAAUAAGUGUAGACUUGAUUUGUCUGCAAUAGAUUUUUUUAAAUGAUAUAAAUUAUUUUUUUCUAAAGUUAAUAUAUUUGGCAGUUGUAUCUUGACUAAGAAUAUUCAUAGAGAGUUAAAAGAUAUCCUCAGCAGUGUCAUGCAUUCUUUUCCAUUUUUAUUUAAGGUAGUUCUCACUUAGCAGUACAAUAGGACUUUUAUUUAAAUGGGAUAAAACUGCAGUUUUAUGAUAAAGAAUUGGGGUGCGAUUAAA